CUUUGUACGUUGCGUCUAUGCUGAUCUACAUACCAGUCUAUUCACAUCUCAGGUUCUAUGCACUGCUAUCCUCCCACUUCAUUUAGGCAUGGAAUCGGCGGCUAAACCAGACAACAUCAUCUUUCUCUAUAUCUACAUCAUCUCCGCCGUUUCUUGCAUGGUCACCGGCGUUUCUGGCUUAGGAAAGUUGGUCUUUUUCAAUACCGCAUGGAAAAUUUUCCUAUUCUUCACUAAAGGGACAAUGUCUGAUGUGCUCAAGUCGUACCACGUUAAAAUUUCUGAGCUCUACGUUAUGAUGGACCUGCUCACAACAAUACUACAAUGUUACAUGUUCCUCCCUGACCAGGAUUGGAAAAUACUUUUGGUAAUUUCACUUUGCCAUGUCAUAGGUGUUUGUGUCGGAUUUGUUCUUGUACCCCAAAGAGUGUUCGCCGUUACCGUGUGUAUACAAAUCGUUCUUUUUUCAAUUUUUGCCUGGGCCGUCAUCUACGAAUGCCGAAGAGCAUUGAUGUGCUUCAAAGUCAAACGAUUAUCCAGCCUUGCUCGCUCAUCGUGGUUUGACCUCAUAUAUAGUGGACAUGAUAAUUCGAAACAUUUUUUUCAAAGCAAGUCUUUACCCUUUCCAACCGGCUACAAGAGUCUCGUCUAUUCAUUUGUGUUCGGCAUUAUUUCUUCUAUAUACUUGGUAUACGCUGGCAAUGCAGACGCGUUUUUGUUCCUAUAUGUCUUUUUCUUCAGGUUAGACAAGGACCAGAGUAUUGCCACAAUGGUCUGGAUUUCUUUGCUUAGAUCCAUUGCAAGUGUGAUAUAUUCUUUGAUCUACCUUUCUCCGGACUCUACAUAUUUUAUUUUUUUCUUUGUCUCCAUCAUGUCUGGCUUCCUGGGUAUCUUACUGAGCAAGAUUAUUUCACCUUUGAUUACUGAAGUCUCUUAUUACCACCUGCUGAUAUUUAUUAUUCUUUGGGAGAUCAUUCAUUACUUCGACCUCCCUUAUAUGUCUUUGGUAUUUAUUUUUUUUUCUUGGCUAUUUUUUUUGAGCAUCGACUUAGUAGCGUGUUGGGCGUUCGCCAGCCAUCCCUUUUUCAGUAAUUGCUUCUCGAUUCCGCGCACGGGUUCUUCUGUGGGCGAGCCGAAGCCUUUGGCAGCGGAAAGUUCGCAAUUGGAUGAUGUGAGGUAUUACGGUGAUUUUGCGGACACGUCGAUCAAUCCAGAUCUGAACAUGGUGGGUUUGGAAGUCAAAAUGUCGACGCCGGUUCCUAUAAUGUGUUCGAAGGAAAAGACCCUCAAAAAAAAGAAGCAGAAGGAUUACUAUUAUUCCACGAUGUCGCCGAGCUCGCCCACCGUGAAAGAAGACCAGCUGUUUUCUGCUGAUAACAGCUAUUAUGCGUCGGUGUUCGACGAGGUGGAAGUUAAGUGUAUGGGAGAGGAAGGUUCAAGUCAAGAGGAAUACGUUCAAAGCGAGGGGGACGAGUCCGACGAACAUACUGGAAGUUCUGAUAGAGAGUACUACCAUUAGGGAAUUUGCAUUUUUGCUGGAGGAAGCGUUCACGGAUGCAGCGGCAGUUCCGUGUGGAGGUGAAUAAGGGGGAGGCUUGAGUGAGAAUAGCAAGUUAGAGGCACUUGGAAUUGGGAGCGCGAUGCAUCAGUUGGUUCAUGCAACGCACACCAAAUAAAGGGUGUGUUCAGACUUUAGGUGAAGUGUGGUUUUUAUUGAGCGUUAUGUGAGUUUCGGUGAUACAUAUUAGUCUUUAGAGUUAUAAUGAAAAGCGUGAAUAUCGAAGAGUUUUUUUCCCAGCGCCUUCGCGAUGUUACUUGGAGUGUUAAUGUCCCUUUGCAAUCCCUUGAAGAGCGCCCGGUAAAGUGCCUGUUUAUUGCCCGUUCGGCCGGUGGUAGUGACGAAGAGAUCUUUGAGUCCGAAAGCUUUUAGGGCGAGGCGCAUGUCUGGAGACGCCUGAAUACCGUAUCCCAUUCGACGCGCGCCCACGAUGACCUUCGUUCUCUUGUAUUUGUAGACGUUAUCUCGAGAAACAGUACACCCGCGAUGUCGGUUGAUUGAAAUCAUGUUUUUUUUCGCAUUGGUGACAGCCGCUCGGAUGGCCACUGAAACGGUUUCUCCCCUGGCUCGCCCUAUGCCGGCGCAGCCGUUGCCAGUCCCUACCAUGACGAGCG